AGGGUGCUUCUUUGGUGUGCUCCCCAUUCGCAGCCUCAGCAGUCAGUCGCUCUCUCGCCGCAGGCAACGACUCACGGACGACGCGCGCGCUCCCGCGUCCGCCGCUAGACAUGUACGGGCUACUCCUAGAGAAUUUGUCCGAGUUCAUCAAGUUCGUGUACGGCGAAGAUAAGUGGGAGGAGAUCAGACGCCUCUGCAAUGUCGAGCAACCGAGUUUCAGCGUGCACCAGGUGUACCCAGAGACCAUGGUGCCCAAGCUGGCCAAAAAGUCCAUACAGGUGCUGGGCAUCUCGGAGCGCGAGUUCUUUGACGGAAUGGGCGUCUAUUUUGUGCGCUUCGUCGGCCAGUACGGCUACGACCGAGUGCUUUCCGUCCUUGGCAGACACAUGAGAGACUUCUUAAACGGCCUAGACAAUCUACACGAGUAUCUUAAGUUUUCUUACCCACGUAUGCGAGCCCCGUCCUUUAUUUGCGAAAACGAAACUCGGCAGGGCAUGACCGUCCAUUACCGCAGCAAAAGACGGGGCUUCGUCUACUACACCAUGGGCCAGAUAAGAGAGGUUUCAAGGCACUUUUAUGGCAAGGAGAUGCAAAUCGAGCUGUGCAAGGAGGAGAUGGUGUUCGACACUCUCCACGUGACCUUUCAGCUGACCUUCGACAACCGGGCUUUUGGCGAGUCCACGCUGGUGCUGAAAAGAGACGAAAAAUUUUUGCCAGUCAACUCGAGUUUGCUCUUUGAGAUAUUCCCGUUCAGCAUCGUUUUUGGCUCCGACCUGCAGGUCAAAAGCAUUGGAAACUCACUCACGCAAAUCAUUCCCGACCUGGUGGGCAAAAAGAUAACAGACUGGUUUGAUCUCGUCCGGCCGCUCAUAGAAUUUAGGUUCACCACUAUUUUAAACCGGGCGAAUAAUAUUUUCGAGCUGGUCACCGUGGAGCCAAUUAUGACUGAAAGGGGCCUUGAGGAGAAGGAGCGCCUUGAAAAUGCAAUGUUUUCAGAAGAUAUGGAGGACAAUAGCGACAAGCAUUUACAUUUAAAAGGUCAAAUGGUUUAUAUGGAGGACUGGAGGUUGAUUAUGUACCUGGGCACUCCUGUCAUGCCUGACCUCAACAGUUUGAUUUGCACAGGGCUCUUCAUCAAUGACCUCUCCAUGCACGAUUUCAGCAGAGAUUUGAUGUUGGCGGGAACGCAGCAAUCGGUGGAGCUCAAACUGGCCCUAGACCAGGAGCAGCAGAAGUCAAAAAAGCUGGAGGAGUCAAUGAAGAAGCUAGACGAGGAGAUGAGACGCACUGACGAGUUGCUCUACCAGAUGAUUCCGAAAAUGGUAGCAGAUCGCCUUCGAAAGGGCGAAAAUCCUAUCGAUACCUGUCAGAUUUUCGACGUUGUUUCCGUCCUGUUUUCCGACGUGGUCACCUUCACGGAAAUCUGCAGCAGAAUCACCCCUAUGGAGGUGGUGUCUAUGCUCAACGCCAUGUACUCAAUCUUUGAUAACCUGACCGAAAAGAACGGCGUCUAUAAAGUGGAGACUAUCGGCGACGCAUACAUGGUUGUGUGCGGCGCGCCAGAGAAGAACCACAAACACGCCGAGUACGUCUGCAAUAUGGCCUUAGACAUGGUGGACGCCAUCACGGAUCUGAAGGACCCCUCCACUGGGAGCCAUUUGCAGAUACGAGUAGGGGUGCACUCUGGAGCGGUAGUGGCUGGUAUUGUGGGGCUCAAGAUGCCCAGGUACUGUCUUUUCGGGGACUCCGUCAACACUGCCUCCAGGAUGGAGUCGACGAGUUCAGCUAUGAAAAUCCACAUUUCACAGGGCACAAAAGACCUCCUUCCGGAUGAAUAUAAAACAACCGAGAGAGGCGUAAUCACAGUCAAAGGCAAAGGUGACAUGAAAACUUACUGGUUGGAGAGUCAUGAGAACAGAGUGCCGCUGGUACAUGACGAUUCGACUGUGAUUCUGGUCAACACAAGGGCGCAAAGGUCACCAACGCCGGUUGAGCGCGGCUACUCUCCUGUAACGCCGGCAGACGUGGCCAACAGGUCGGCCAGCAACUCACCAGCAAAGCACGGUGCUUUGAGAAAGGAUUCACUCCAAGCACCGUCAAAUGCAGCCCCUCUUGCUCCAACACCCAUAGUGGCAACCACUGCUCCUUCCCCGACGGACACCAAUCCAUCGAGAAGACCAAGCAGCAUAUUCAAAGAUCCUAUUGAAGUAGGACUGUCCGUCAAACUGCCGCCCGGAUCGCCGGGUGGGUCGCCCCCACAGUCGCCACCCAUUCCAGUAGGGGUGCCUCUCAACAGGAUGAAGGUGGAGAGCGAGGGUCGGCCGCUGGCAUCGCCUGAGUGGACGCAGGUGUGGGACAACGCGCACAAACGCAAAAAGGCCAGUAAGCGCCAGCAGAUGGCCUCGACGGCCACCUCUGAAGUCAGCGUGCAGCGCGCGGAACGGCCUGCGAGGGCCAGCGGAGGCCAGACGACCACUUGCCACCACUGCCAGCACCACUGCUGCGGCAGCUCGGGCAAGCAGAGGGUCACCAGCAACACCUGCCAGCUGCUCUAGGCUUUCUUCGAUUCACUCACGCAGGACCAACUUAGCAACUUUGCUGCGGCUUCUCUCUUUCAAUCUCAAAACUUUUUGGUUUCGCAGGCAAGAGGCAAAGGGUCUUUUGAUCCAUUUUGUUAAUUAACAUUUUAAAAGCAGUUUGAUCUCAAUUUACUUUGUGAUUGUUAAAAUUAGGUUCUUAAUGUGAGUGGUCUAAGCACAUUUUUAAUGCAGAUUGGAAAAUUGUUACAGAUAAAUUGAUAGUCGUUCAGGGGAAUAAUGUAAGAAUCCCCUUUUUAAUAAAAUUGGCAUUGAUCGUUCUGGCUGAAACUGUCAACAUAAUAAAUUCAAAAAUUGAUCCUACGUGGUUUCCUCUGAACAAAAUCUAUCAAGAUUAAGAAUAAUGAGUAAUUGAAAAAUUCUAAAGUAUAUUGCUUUUUUUCUCCCACUGAACUUGAAUUUAAAUUAAUUUAGUUUGUAAAAUACUUGCUCUUGUUGUUGAACUACUUAUUUUUAUGACAGUCAAAUAAAGUUGUGCUCUA